AUGGAAGAAUAACUCAUUAAUGUCAUAUUCGAUCCUAAUUUCUAAUCUUUUGAUUAAGAAUUGGCCAAUCUAAGUAUGGAUAAAAUGAUGAGCAUCUAAUUCUCAGAAGAAUUAUUACAAAAGAAUUUUGCAGUUUUGAUAUCUAUAUUAAAAUAAUUGCACAAGGGAAUGGUACUCUUAAAUUCUAAAGUAUCAGAUAAUUCUGAUUGGGUCUAAAAAUUGAAAGAAGUUAGUGAAACUCCAGAAUCAAAACAGUAGAACAAAGACACAAUUGAUCAAAUCACUGCUAAAUUAUAGGAAAUAUAAGAAGUGUCUCAAAAGGAUUAUGUAACCAAAGAAGAACUGGAUUAAACUAAUCAAAAAUUUAAUAGAAUUGUAAAGUAGUAAGAACAGGCUUUGCAAGAUCUAGAAGGAGAAUAAACUGUCUAAGCUAAGAAGAUAGAAGACUUAAAUAAUAAUUAAACACAAUAAUCUGAGUAGUUAAACAAACUAAGUCAAGAAAUUGAAAACAUUAUGAAAUAAAUGAGUGGUUUCUAAAAUGAGUUGCAUGAAGUGGAAGACCGUAAACCAGAACAGAUUAUAAUAGAAAAGGAAAUAAUCAAAGAAGCCCCCACUUAGCCAAUUGCUCUACCUAUUUAAUAUGCAGGGAAUGAUGAUGAAAUAAAACGAUUAAACUAAACAACCCUAGAAUUAAAGUAAAAACAAGAAUAGUUGUCAUAAGAAUUAGCCAAUUUAAGGGAGGGACUAAAUAAUAUAAAGGUUCCUGAGGAAAAUCAACCAGUAGACUUAUCUGAUAUCAAUAAGAAAUUGGAUGGCCAUGAAAGUGAGAUUUAAUCUUUAUUUGAAAUUGUUGAUAGCGUGAGAUAGAAAUUAAAAGAUUAAAAUAAUAAUUAACAAUCUGAUGUCUCAAGUGAAGAAUUAAUCUAAAUUAAAAAUGAUAUAAAGAAAUUGCAAUCAUAAAUUGAGGCUUUGUAGACAUAAUUAAACUUAGCCACUUUUGGAUAGGGUUAAGACAUGCAAGAGAAUUAGGUUGCAUUAAUUUUGGCAGAAAUAAAUAAAUUAAGAGAUCAAUUAUAAAAUUAUUGUACAACUACAGACUUUUAGAAUGAGAAUGCUAAGAGGGAACUGAGGAUCAAGUUUGUAUAAGACCAUGCUGAUGAAGAGUUAGAAAAGGCAAGAAGAGAAUUCAAAAGCAAAGUAGACAAGAAGGUUGAAUAAACAGAAAUUGCUAAAGUAGAGAAAGACAUAAUUUAAUUGAGAGAACAAUUAGGAAAAUCACAAUAGAGAAAAUCUUAACCUAAUAUUGAAACACCAUUGAGACAAUCAAAUGUAGAGAAAGAAUUACAAAAUUAAAUUAAAGAAUUGUAACAAUCAAUAAAAGAAAUUGAGGGUGAUUUAUUAAUACACAAAACCUAAAUGAAUUAGAAUAAUCAAUUAACUCAUGUGAAAUUAACUGAAUUGGAGAAAAAGAUUCAAGGAAUUCAAACAGAUAAAAUUUAUAUUGAAUUAUAGAAUUAAAGAGAAUAGAUGGAUUUAAUUAAACGUGAUUAAGAUUAAAAUAAAAUUAAGAUAAACAAUUUUGGAAAGAAGAUUGAAUCAAUUGUAACUAAAGAUGAACUAUUCUAAACUUUUGAUCCUAAAAUUAAAUAGGUAAGAGAUGAAAUUCAAAAAGUUGGAGAUGAAACUUAACUAAGCAUUGACAGAAAAGCUGAUGCCUAAGAAGUCAAAGAUUUGAAUCAAGCAUUUUUGGAUUAAUUGCAAAAGGUUGUCACAGAACUAAUCAAAACAUUAGCCAAUAAAUAAGAAACCAAGAAAGCUUUGAUAUAUCUGGAAUAAAAGAUUAAUUAAAUAUUCAUGAUACUUGAAGGAGAUGGAUCAAAAGAUCAGGAUUCCUUAUUUGCCAAAAAACCUCUCUCUUGGAGUUGUGCCUCAUGUGACAAGGACUUAGAUAAAUAUAAAGGACAAUUAGGCGACUUCAAAAACUGGGCUGUAUUCCCACCUAAGGAAACAUCCCCUGAGAGAAUGGGCAAAUUUGGAAUUGGGUAUAAGAAUAUGCAAGAAAAAUUGAGAUCUCACAGGGAAAAAUUAGAUAAGGAUAGAAGUUAAAAUGAGAAAGAUUCCAGUUAAUAAUAAUAAAGCAUGACAUUAAGUCAAAGUUAAACUCAAUUACCAAAAAUUAAAUAAUGA